AUGAUCCAUCCUGGGAAUGACGCGGGAAAUCAGGAAGGCGUGGAUCAUGCUGGGCUUCCAGACGGCGGAAAGCCGCUACUACUUGAAGAGAGGAUGGUAUGCGACUCGCCGGCCCCCGUCUCCGAGUCGCCGAAAGGGGAGACGGAAGCGACCGAGAAUAAUGUGAAGGAUGGGAAAGAGGAGGAGGAGGAGGAGGAUCAGAAGGGGAAGAAGGGGAAGAAGAAGGAGAAGCAGCCGGCGGUGGCGUACUGGCGGCUCUUCUCCUACGCGGACCGCACGGACUGGGCGCUCAUGGCGGUCGGCACGAUUGGCGCCGUGCUUCACGGCGCCGCGCUGCCGCUGUCAUUCCUGUUCCUGGGGAAGAUGGUGGACUCGUUUGGGACGAACGACUUGUCCGGCGUGAACACGUUUGUCCUCGCUAUGGUCUACAUCGCCUUAUGCUGCUUGGUCGGUGGAUGGCUAGAGGUAGCCUGCUGGAUGCACACGGGCGAGAGGCAGAGCGCAAGGGUGCGCCGGCUGUACCUGCAGGCGCUGCUGCGACAGGAGGUGUCUUUCUUUGACCUCGAGGCGUGCUCGGGGGAGCUUAUCACGCGCGUGUCCACUGACGUGCUGCUGCUGCAAGAUGCCAUCUCAGAGAAGGUGGGUGGGUGUUCUGCCCACCUCUUUUGA